AAACGCGUAAUAUUUUCAUGAGCUGUGUUUGUUUAUCAAUGUUUGUCAUUGAGAACAUAGUUUGAAAAGAUAGUGUUUGGAGCAAAUUCUUUUAUAUUUCUUUAGUUUUGGAUUUAAAAUAUCUCUUAUUACUUUCUCAGUCGACAUAAUUUCUUCAGUAUGUUCUUGAAGUUAUCAGAAAUCUUCAAGUAUUUGGAUGCAAAACCAGAUAGUCGUUGUAUCGUAGAGGGAGAGGAGGUACUGCAUGCAAAUCAUCUAAUUUUAUGUGGGAAGAAGUCCAGUGCAACACAGAGCAUAAAAAUCGCAGGUCUUUGCCUUCAGACAUCAGCACUACAAGGACAACCUCAUCAAAUUGAAGGAACAUUUUCGAUUGACAAUGAUGUGAAGAUUGUGGAGAUGAAAUGCUCAUGUAAAGCAGGGUUGUCAGGAACAUGCAAACACAUUUCUGCAUUAUUACUCAACUGUUCUAGGUUGUAUUUACUACAUAACUUAAGAGGCCCUAUCAUGCCCUAGUAAUUUAACUGACACUGAAGUCAUAACUUAUUGUUUAGUUGUGUUUCUGGCCAUUUUUUUUUUGUUUCAGGAUGGAUAUCAGCAAUCUUGAAAUGUUAUCCUCUACUGAUGUUGAGUGUUAUUGGAAAAGAGCCAAAACUGAAGCAAAGGAAAUGUACAGACCUGUUCCAAUAAGUGAUUACCCAUGUUUGGUUAAAACUAGAAGUAGAAUAAAAGUUGUUCAUGAUUUGUCACAAGUUGAAAUGAAAAAUUGCUUAGAAACUGUAAUGAAAGCUGUACCUGACAGCAAUAUAAGUAAACAUUGUUCUCGAAAAAGAAAACACUUUUGGAUGAAGUCCUUCCAAUCACACCAGAUGAAAAUAGUUUACCUACAUAUAUCAACAAUAUAUAUGUGCAUUGUGGUUCCUCUGAUUUUUUGAAUAAUCUUUCAAAGGAUGUAUAUUUGGAAAACUUCAAUCUAAAAGAGUGUUGCACAAAUAAGUGGAAAUUUAUUGAAAAUUGCAACACUUUGCAAGCUUUGUCAUUAUCCCAAAAUUCAGAGGAAUGGCAUAAAAUUCGAAAAUUCAGAAUUACAGGAAGCAAAUGCUACUCAAUUUUCACAUAUAAUAUAAAUAAUAGUGAUGAGUGCUGGCAAAGAAAAGCCAAACAAUGUUUUUUUCCAAAGAAAUUCACUAAUGAAUAUGUAGAGCAUGGAAAGAAUGAAGAAAAAAAUGCACUCCAAUUAUAUGAACAGUGUACUGAGCUGGAAGUGAUUGGAGAUUUGGGUAUCCUUAUUCCGAAUAAUUUUUCUUGGCUUGGAUUUUCACCAGAUGCUCUAGUCACAGAUGGUGAAACUCCAAUCAAGCUUGUAGAAAUAAAAUGCCCAUUCAUUGGAAAAACAAAAGAUACAGAUUCUUUUGCAACAGCAUGCCCUUAUUUGAACAUCACUUCCACUGGAUUAGAACUCAAGAAAAAACACCCCUACUAUGGACAAAUCCAGCUAGGUUUGUCACUGAUGAAUUUGAAGAUCUGUGAUCUCAUUAUUUACUCCAGUUUUUCAAAGAGCUACCUCAAACUUGAAAUUCCAUUUGAUGAGCAGUUUUCAAAGAAAUUGAUAUCAUCUAUUUCUGAGAAAUAUUUCACCAAAAUGUUACAUUUUCUUUGUGAAACAUAGUAUUAAAGUUGGGUGUGUGUGUAUAUAUUAUGUAGUAGCAAUAAUUAAUUAAUUUAGGACUGCAACAAUCAUAUUGUUUGUAAAUAUCUCAUGUUUUUCUAAUAUAUCCAAUAAAAAUCU